AUGCGCGUGGAUGCGCGACGCACAACCCUGGACCAACGUGGGGAGUGGGCCAAGGUUGAGGUCGAGGUCGAGGUCAAUCGAAGAAGAAGAGAGGCAUGGGACGGACGGGCGUUGUUGAUCCGUGGCCAGGUCCGUAUAUUAAGACCAUCCUCCCCCGUCCUCUUUUCCCUUUCUUUCUCCUCCUCCAAGUCAAGCAUUCCGGGCAAGAUGAAGUACUCCGUCCUCGCCGCCGCCGCCUUCGCCUCGACAGCUCUCGCCCAGACCUUCCAGCGUCUGGGUGGCUGUCCCGAGCUUGGAUGCAUCUUCCCCCCAGACAAAGCCGAGUUCCUGUCUGGACAGUUCUUCGACAUCCGUCUCGAGGUGCACCAGCCGGUCAAUGGAUCCGAGGCUCGCACCGGAGAGCCAGAUGAGAAGUUCACCUUCACCAUCGAGCACAAGAGACGAGGCGCCCACUCCGCCGAGCCAGCGACCAAGUUCUUUAAGGUCGAGGAGCCGAAGCUCGAGAAGUGGCAGUUCUCCUGGUACGAGGAUCUCUUUGCCAAAGACGCAAAGAAGCCCUCCCUCGUCAACGUCGCCUCCAAGGCCUUCCGUCGCGUCAGCCUCGACCGCCCCGGUACCUACGAGGCCGUCCUGACCUACUACAAUGGCAAGAAGACCACCGCUACCUGGGAGGUCAAGGAGCUGCGCACCCGCCGUCGUGCUAAGAAUGUCGUCCUCUUCAUCGGUGAUGGCAUGACCACCAACAUGAUCACUGCCGCCCGUCUGAUGGCCCAUCACUCCAUCAACGGCAAGUACCAGACCACGAUGCAGAUGGACCAGUUCCCCGUCCUCGGUCACCAGAUGACCCAUUCCAUGGAUUCCUUCAUCACCGACUCUGCCAACUCUGCCACCGCCCUCUACACCGGCCACAAGUCCACUGUCAACGCAUUGAACGUCUACCGAGACUCCUCCAAGUCUCCCUUUGACGACCCCAAGUUCGAGACUAUCGCCGAGAUCUUCCGCCGUGUCAACCCCGGUGCUGGUGUCGGUAUCGUCUCCACCGCCCAUUUGUCUGACGCUACCCCAGCUGCCCUGACUGCUCACACCAGUGACCGUGGUGAGGCCGCUCACGUCAUCGACACCUACUACCACGGUCUCUCUAACUGGACCCAGUGGGACGGUCCCGACGUUCUCUUCGGCGGUGGUGCCGAGGAUUUCCUGCCCAGCGACGGAAAUAAGAAACAGAACUACUACGAGAUGUUCCAGAAGAAGGGAUACUCUCUGUCCUGGAACGCCACCGCCCUUGCACAGGCUUCCAACAACGACCGUGCUCUCGGUGUCUUCUCCACCAGCGUCAUGGCCAAGUGGCUCGACCGUAACGUCUACAAGGAUAACCUCAAGCAGCAGAAGAACUACCCCGAUGGCUCUGACAAGGACGCCGACGACCAACCCGGCCUCAAGGAGAUGACCCUCAAGGCCAUCGACAUCCUCCACACCCGCAACCGCAACCACCGCGAGAGCCGUGGCAAGGGUUUCUUCCUCAUGUCUGAAGCCGCCAGCAUUGACAAGCAAAUGCACUCCUUGGAUUAUGACCGUGCUCUCGGUGAACUCCUCGAGCUCGACGACACCGUCCGUGCCACCAUUGCUAAGCUUCGUGCCCUAGGUGAAUUGGACGACACCCUCAUCCUCGUCACCGCUGACCACGGACACGGCUUCGAUGUCACCGGAUCCGUCGACACCAAGUACCUCGCUGAGCAGAAGGGUGACCGUGAGAAGCGCAACGCCAUCGGCACCUACUUCAACUCCGGUCUAUCCCAGUACACCGUCCAAACCCAGGGCUCCCUCAAGUACUCCGAAGGCGUCCACUUCCCCGCCCAAUGGGACCCUCGCUACACCCUCCACGCCGGCCUCGCCGCUCACCCCGACAUUCGUGAGAACUACCAAGUCCACAAGGACGGUCCACGAAAGCCUGUUACUUCCGCCAAGGGCUCCAAGGACUACUACGUCAACUACAAGGACGCCGUCACCGGUUUCAUCGUCAACGGCACCAUUGCUCCUGACGAAGCCUCGGGCGUUCACUCGCUCACUGACGUUCCUGUGUUCGCCAUGGGACCAUGCCAGGAAGACUUCGGCGGUGUCUAUAACUCUGUUGAUAUCUUCUUCCGUAUGGCUCAGUGUCUCGGUUUGAGCAAGACCAGAUGGUAA